UUGAUUGAUUGAUUGAUUGAUUGAUUGAGUGCCGUCAAGUUGGUGUCGACUCUUAGCGACCACAUAGAUAGAUUUCCUCCAGGAUUAUCUGUCUUCCACUUGGCCUUUACUAUCUGUCUCCCAGUGGUGCAUUUGAGUAAGCGGGACUUACUCCCGGGAAAAUCUGCUUAGGGGUCAGGCUGCAAGGCCUUUUUGUUUGUUUUUUAAAUCCUACUGUGUCCAGGUGGUCCACGGUUAAGGGCACGGAGCAGGAGCUUCUCGGAGUCCAAAUUUAGCGCCAGAUGCGCGGGGGCGCAUGGGCGGUAGGAGGCAGAAGUGUUCGGCGGCAUCCACUUCUUGCUGGAGGUGGCUGGAACUACGACUCCCAGCAUGCAAAGAGGCGCGCGCAUGCGCUCUUUCCCGUGUGGGUGUUGCAGUGGGGGGCACUUUAGCAACGGAGCGAAGAUUGGAGGAAAAACUGAGUCGGGGUGGGUGGGAUCCGUUCUUCGCUCUGGCUGGUCGGCAAUGACGCCUCCCUGGAAGGAAAUCCUGCUGUGUCUUCUGGGGCUUACUUGCAGGGUAUGAAUCGGUGCAGCACAGACAACGGCCAGUAUGAAGAACAAGGCGUUUCCUUCACAGCUUUCAAAUCGGUACAUAUUGCUGCCUUGAAGCAGAAUGGACUCCUGCAGUCACUGUCAGCAACAGUCAAUGGUUGCAGAGAAGCAGAGAUUAGCGAAGAGGUGCUGCGAGCCCGUGAAGAGUGGGAGGCUGUGGAGAACAUCCAUCCUGGAGGAAUUCUAGAGAAGCCCCCUGGGCCCAUACCCUUAAUCUCUUUCAAUGAAGCACUGCAGUAUUUUCAGACAGCCGAUCUCUCAGACUGCAGGAAAAAGAUACAGCCAACAGUGCGAAGAAGAGGGCUGUCUGCCUUUGCCCACUUCCUUUUUGGUCCUCCACGGCUCCAUCAACAGCUGCAAAGUGAGAGGGACUUAGCCCUGGCAAUAGCCCAAUGUGGCUUGGACAAUAAUGAAAAAGUGCACAUGAGGAUCCUGCAAACUAUCUACAAGAAAUUAACAGGCUCCCGGUUUGACUGUGCCCGCUAUGGCGACCAUUGGGAGGAUCUGGGCUUUCAAGGUAGGAAGAGGAUGGAUCCUGGCACAGACCUCCGUGGGACUGGAUUGCUAGGAUUAAUGCAAACGUUGUAUUUUGUAAUGGAUUCUCGGAUAUUACCUGUGGCUCGAGAGAUUUUCAAGCUAUCCCAUGAUGAAACACAGAAUUUCCCUUUCUGUGUGAUGUCUGUCAAUAUUACUCGUAUUGUCAUCCAGGUACUGAGAGAAGAACGCCUUUCAAGAGAGUGUAAUCGAAGACAGCAGGUCAUUGCCGUGCUAAACGAUUUGUACGUGGCUGUAUUUUUGCGCCUUUUCAGCAUCUGGAAAACGCAACAGAAGACUAUUUCUGAUUCUGGCUUUGUUCUAAAAGAGCUGGAGGCAUUUGCCAAACGAAACCCAAAGCAGCUGCUGAGACACUUGGAGACAUAUGUGAACAGGAGAGUGGUUUCGGCACAAGACGAUUGCUUUCAGGCCCAGGUGAUCUCAUCUGAAGUUCUUGCUCCCAGUUUUAACUCUGUUGCUGUUAACAAUACAGAGUUAAAUUUUACUGGAGUUUGCAGCCUGCCAGCUGAGAGUUAAUUGGGAUCCCACAAGACAGUUAAUUGGGAUCCAGGAAGAUGGGAAAGUCCGUGUACAUGAUUAAGCAACAAAGCCAGUUGGUAUGGUCUCGUAGCGGCUCCAUGGCCUGCUGCUACAGGAGUCCUAAGGGCUGAAAUCCUUGAAAUGCUGCUAAAGAAUUUAGCAAGACUUCAGUGUGAGUUGGAGGUGCUAAGCAAGGUCUAGUGAGAGCCCCAGGUGUGGAGCCUGGGAUCAAGAGUAAACUGCUUAAGACCGGAAGAAAGCUGUCUGGGCAGGAUACGUUCAUCUCAGUUAGCAGCACUGAGCUGUGAUUUGAACCUAUUUUGCGACAGGAGUGUAAAUUGAGUUUUGAAAUUACACACUGAACAUACAAUGUUCUUCCAGUUCCCAAAGUUUAACAGCUCAUCAGCUUAUUAGAGCUGAGAAAUCUGUGCUGUGCAUUGCUAAAUCUGAGCUAAAACAAACCUUGAACUAUUGUCUGGCUAAUUAUGGGCCUGGAUUUUCUUCAGUUAGGUUUUUGUCCGAGAAUGUACAAGACACAAAGCUGUUGAAUCCUUUUGUUUCAUCAGCUGGGAAGCAUAGCCGGUGCGUGCCUGCUGACAUAUCAGCCUAUAGGUUGGUUGUGUGUGUGUGCGUGUGUGCGUUUAAAUGAGAUAUUCAAUAGGAACCACUAGAUGUUUACCAACAUUGUGACUACCCGACUUAUAUGCUGUUGAGGGUGGUAACAGAAAACCAGCAUUGAUAUAUUAGCUCAGGAGUUUUAAAAACUUGGUCCCCGGGAUGUUUUUGGACCGCAGCUCUCACCAUCCCAACAACAUCUGGGGACCCGAGUUUGAGAACCCCUGCGUUUGUUGCUUUAAAGCUUAUUGUAGGGUGGCCAUAACCAUGUGGCAAUGCUGUCUGUAAACCCCAUGUUUGCCACCCCCUCACCACUGCUUCCCUGAUUUUUCAAAUGGCUGCUAGUGGGGUGGUAGUGGUGGCAACCCUGGAAUUCUCGUGUGGUUGCAGCUGUCAUGUGAUAAGCUUUUCAAGACCUGCUACGUGGUUCCCAGAGACUUAUUUUCACCUCAAGGCAAUCUUGCUGGGAUGUGCUGUUCAUUCCACUAGCUGUAUGUGAAGUUGUAGCCCUGGUGAUGAAUGGGCUAUUCCAUUAAAGUUAUUACAAUCUGCAA